AUGGCUUCCUCUGAUUUCGAUUUGUGGAUGUACUCCAGUUCUACCCGACUGCGUGAUAUUACACCAACAAUGUGGUUCAGCCCAUGUCUUAGUAUGGGGAUCGCUAUAGAGGGUGACAGCUUCAAACAGAAUUUUGAGACGAACAAAGCAUGGUUGGGAUUCAUUGAGCAUGAGGGGAGUGGGGUUCCCCAUGUUCAUGUGUGCCUCCAACGUGCAACCCCAGUGAUGCGCAUUACGUUCCAUUUCGCACACUUUCAGAUCGGGAUGCCUGUGUUCACGCUUCGCAGCGGGAUUUCCGAAAAGCGAAAUGUAAACAAUGUGGAGAUUGCUGAAUGA